AUGGCGGGUACCAGACUGAACGGUGGAAUCGCCCUUGUGACUGGUGCCGCAUCAGGCAUUGGGAAAGAUGUCUGCUUCGCUCUCGCCGAAGCCGGCGUCGAAGCAAUCCUCCUGGCGGACCUGAACCUUUCUACAGAUCUCACUCGCCAGGAGUGUCAAAAGUUCGCCUCCCACUCCAACUUCCGUGCCUUGUCGGUAAUGGUAGACGUCACCGAUGAGGCCAGCGUCGACAAUAUGGUCCAGCGCGCCGUGAGCGAGCUCGGGCGUAUUGACUACUGCGUGCACUCCGCGGGCAUCUCUGGUAACUCGCGCACCCGCACCGCAUCCCUGAACAUCGACGCAUUCGACCGAUCCAUGAGAACCAACUCCCGCGGGACUCUGCUGGUGCUGCGGGCUGUCUCCCAUGCCAUGUCGCUGCAAGAGCCACGCUUGCACACCAGCACGCGCAGCAACAUGACCCGCAGUCUGGGCCGCGGGUCGAUCGUCGUGCUGUCUUCGAUCAAUGGCCUGAUCUCAGUGCCCGGCAUGAUGCCGUACACGGCAUCCAAGCACGCGACCAUCGGGAUUGCCCAAACCGCCGCCGUCGACAACUUUGAGCAUCACAUCCGCGUGAACAUUGUAUGCCCGUCAUGGACCGAUACGCCCAUGAUGCAGAAGACAAUCAGCAACGUCCCUACUUUGGAGCAGGCAAUUGCGAAACUGUGCCCCCUCGGGAGGCUCGCCAUGCCAGAGGAGGUAUCUGAUGCAGUCGCGUUUCUCUGUAGCCCGGCCGCUUCCUUUAUCAAUGGAGAAAGUCUGGUGAUUGAUGCAGGCUUCAGCUUGACGGGGUUCCGGAUGGGCCACUAA